CCACCACCACCGGCCUGUGCACCGCUCACACCUACAGCACCGGCCUGUGCACCGCUCACACCAGAGCAGCAACACCGGCCUGUGUAUCGCUCGCACCGACAGCACCACCGGCCUGUGCACCGCUGAAAACCGCAGUUACCUGUGCACCGUUGACAACUGCUGCGACAGCCACCUGUGCAUUGCUGACAACUCCAACCGACCUGUGCAUUGGUGACAACUAACAGCGACCUGUGCAUUUAAUAAUAACUGCAGCGAUCUGUGCAUCGCUGACAACUGCAGCGACCUGUGCAUUGCUGACAACAGCAGCGGCCGAGGGCAUGAACGACAGCGGUGGAGACAUCUUGAGCUCGGCUCGCCUAGCUGUCGAAUAUGUGGACUCGAUGCUGCCCGAAAACCCGCUGCAGGGACCCUUCCGCAUCGUCUGGCGUUACAUGAUAAGCAAUUACACCAAAUUUCAGAUCGCGACCUGGGGCUCCCUCCUGGUUCACGAACUGAUGUACUUCAUCUUCUGUUUACCUGGCUUCAUAUUUCAGUUCAUACCUUACAUGCAGAAGUACAAAAUCCAGCAGGACAAACCGGAAACCUGGGAGAAGCAGUGGAACUGUUUCAAGGUGCUGCUCUUCAACCACUUCUGCAUCCAGCUACCCAUGAUUUGUGGGACCUAUUACUUCACCGAAUUCUUCAACAUCCCCUACACCUGGGACACCAUGCCAAGAUGGUACACGCUGCUAGCCCAGUGCUUUGGUUGUGCUGUCAUUGAGGAUACCUGGCAUUAUUUCUUGCACAGAUUAUUGCAUCACAGGAAGAUCUACAAACACAUCCAUAAGAUGCACCAUGAUUUUUCAUCUCCAUUUGGCAUGCAAGCUGAAUAUGCUCAUCCAUUGGAGACUGUUAUCCUUGGUGCAGGUUUUUUCAUUGGAAUCAUGAUCUUCUGUAACCAUGUGAUGCUACUGUGGGCUUGGGUGGCUUUUCGCCUUCUGGAAACGAUCGAUGUCCAUAGUGGUUAUGACAUCCCUAUAAAUCCUUUGCAUCUGAUUCCCUUUUAUGCUGGAUCUCGUUUUCACGAUUUUCACCACAUGAACUUUAUUGGAAACUAUGCUUCAACCUUCACCUACUGGGACAAAAUCUUUGGCACCGACUCGCAGUUCAAUACUUACUACACAAAGUUGGCGAACAAAAAUGAUCCAGAUGAUAAGAAAAUGAAAUGAAGUCCCACCAGCUUGUUACUCAUCAUUCAGCAAUGUCUUUCCAAAUUUUAAUUUCCAUUCAGAAGUAUUGAUGAGCAGUCUUUGAAAAUGAGGAAGUUUAGCAAGUGAAACUGAGGAAUGCAACGCCUUCAGCGUCUACCAAGCUUCCCCUAAGUCUGCUCCUGCCAUGCGAGGUAUUGUUUAGGUAUUGCUGGAACCCUUUGCCACACUGUACUGUCGGGUUAUAUCUCUGAUGGAUCUCAAGGAGCAUUUGAGAUCCAGAAAUACAGACUGCACAUCCUGAAGUCCAAAGAUGAAACCUUCUUGUUUAUUGUCUAAUCUUCAUACUUGAAUAAAUAAUAUUGUUCCACAACAAAUUUAUUUAACUAAAAAAAAGUAGAAAAAUAUAAAAUGCAAUGUCUCCUCUGCU